AUGGAGUCGGGCGAAGGGCAAGAUCGAUUGAGCUCACUUCCAGACGAUAUCCUCACCGAAAUCCUCUCUCGCCUUCCAAUCAAUUCAGCAGUCACCACCUCCGUCUUAUCCCAUCGAUGGCGCCACCUCUGGACUGCCAUCACUCGCCUUCAGAUUGAAUUCCACGCUUUUAGAAUACCCAAAUUCAGUUGCAUCCUACGACACCUUACUUCCCCGAAACUCGACAUAUUCAAAGUUGAGGUCUCACGAAGAAUCUACCGGCAUGAAGCAGAAGACGAUUAUGGAUUAGAAUCAUGUAUUCGUGAAAUUUGCCGUCGAAACGUGCAACAAGUCAUUAGCAAUGUAUUAUUUCCGAUACCUGAUUGCUUGCUUAAUUGUCGAUCUCUUGUGAUUUUGGAUUUGUUUGGUCCGUUUGCAAGGACGAAUGAUGCAUAUAAAGAUGUUGAUAUUCAACUUCCGAAUUUGAAGAAGCUUUCGUUACGAUUUCUUACUUAUGUACCUCAUUGGUUAGGGUCUUUACAUAAAUGUUCUCCAUUAUUAGAAGAUUUAACUCUCACGUCUUCCGUACUCUUUAUGCAGUCUCUAAAUACAAUGCCCUCGAUGAACAUAAUUUUCCCGAAUUUAAAGUCAUUGGAAUUAGGGUUGUUCCAUUAUAAUGUAAAGCAAACGCCGGGUAUCAAUUCGAUAAUUUCUAUCGAUGCACCAAAAUUGGCAAACCUUGUAACACAUGGUUGCGUUUUACCUUAUGGAUUUCGCACUAAUCCAACAGCAUUAGUCAAAGCGUGUAUCGACUUGAGGAAGUAUGAAUUGAGACAUGAAGACCAUGAGGUGGAGCUUCAUCGGUUUUCCGAAUUUUUCAAAAGAACGUCUAGUGUUGUUAACCUUGAGCUAGUGGUGAUGAUGGAAUGGCAAAGGAAUAUAUUCACUUACUUGAAUGUGAAUCCGCCCGUCAUGUUUUUUAAUUUAGUCCGUCUUAAAGUGACCUUGUGUGGGUUUAGUCUUAAUGAUUGCAAUGAUUUUUUGGUUUCACUGCAAUGCUUCCCCAGCUUAGAGCAUCUUUGGGUGAUGGUAAGUCGUAGCCAAAAAGAGCACACAAAUUGGUGUGCACCAAAUGUUGUACCAAGUUGUCUAAUAAGUAAGCUCAAGAUGAUAUCGAUAACGAUAACGGGACUUGGUAGGAAAUAUUGUUGGCUCAAGUUUCUAAGGUACAUUCUAGGUAAUGCAAAAGUUUUGCAAAACUUAAAUGUUUGCUUGGUUAAUAAUUUGCCUGAACGAGUAGAGCGGAAGUUCUGUAGGUCCUUGUUUAAGCUUCCAAGGAGCUCAUUGACUUGCGAGGUUGUGUUUUUGGGUAGGUUUAUUACAUUAUCAAGUAAUGUUUUCAAAAUCGGAAAGCAUGUCAAUUGUAGGCCAUGGUUGAUUGACAUUUUUUGGUGCUACUUCUGGUCAACCAAAAGACAAUUCAACAUUCAAGCAAACAUAGAAGAUAUGGCUGACUACGUACUAGUCGAUUCCAAUUUAAUUGCUCCAUUCUAA